GCCAUGAGAAUCUCCCGUCCUUGGGUUGUGGCAGCUACAAUUCUAACACUUUCUCACUUCGCUCGCACUGAAAACACAUACAACACAGGGUUGUGCAACACUAGUCAGAGUGUAUUCCACUGCGAUCCAGUGACCUGUGUCCCCUCGGAUCUGUUGUGCAACGGGCUGCCUGACUGUCCGGCAGCUCAAGACGAAGGAGUGCUGCAAUGUGGAUGCUUGGCUAACGAGUUCCGCUGCUCCAACAGCUGUGUUGCUCUCGUCAGACGGUGUGAUCGUGUGGUGGAUUGUCCUCAAGGUGAAGACGAACUUGACUGUAAAACAUUCCUGUGUCCGGCCACACACUUCAAGUGUAACAACCACUUCUGCGUGCCUCUGCACUCCGUCUGCGACUUCAGAGACGAUUGUGGAGACAACUCAGACGAACUCAGCUGUUCACACAGGUCAUGUUGGCACUCGGAGUUCCGUUGUGACAAUGGGGAGUGCCUCAGACCGGGAUCUCUCUGUGACAAUCUACCCGACUGUCAGGAUUCAAGUGAUGAGACAGAUUGUGAUUCAGAUGCGUUUGUAGACUGCGGCGAUGGGACAAGAGUUCACCGCUAUUACUGGUGUGACGGUUGGCCACACUGUCCCACCAACCAUGCGGACGAACUUAACUGCAAGGAGUGCAAUGUAACAGAUGAGUUCCAGUGUCCCAACGGCCGCUGCAUCCGAUUGGCCAAUGUCUGCGAUUCCCAAUGCGAUUGUGUCGUCAACCUCACCGACUCGUCAUGUGCUGACGAGGUUGACUGCAUGCAUAUUUACACUGUGGAGUACGGGGUUGCAACGUGCAGACCCGGUGUGGCUCUCGGUUGCUCCGUGCCACCUCUCCCACAGAAUUCCGGGAAGCUUCGAUGUAUUCAGCCGCAGUACCUGUGUGACGGUUACAAUGACUGCCACAACGGCAACUUCCUCUCCGAUGAGUUUGGCUGCGAACUGUCGAACCGCGUGGUAGAAGUGACGAAACUGUUCCGCUGUCAAGAUGGCCGCUAUCUACCUCUAUUGCUGCGCUGCGACCGCAAGUCAGACUGCCUGCUUGGAGACGACGAAGUGGAUUGUCCUGCUGGGAACUGUACGGAUGACCAGUUUGAAUGUGCCAGUGGACAGUGCAUCAAUGCUGCCAACCGCUGUGACCUAAAGUACGACUGCUACGAUCGGUCGGACGAGCACCAUUGUUAUGGGAUGCCUUGUGAGGAGGGAUCACGUCGCUGCCUGUUGGGUGGCCAGUGCCUGUCAGAUCAGCUGUGGUGUGACUAUUUCCUCGACUGUCUCGAUGGUUCUGAUGAAGCAAACUGCACCAGUGCUGCGUGCAGAGAGGGAGACUUUGCCUGCGACAAUGGCCAGUGUGUGAGAGGCGACCUGCAGUGUUACAGUGAUGGCAGUUCCAGGGCGGGCUGUGCCGACAACUCACACCUGACACACUGCAAGAACUGGAGCUGCAGUGAGGGCCAACACAAGUGUCGCAGUGGACCCUGCAUCCACCCGUCCUUGCUGUGUGACAACAACAUAGACUGUCCUGACAGCUGGGAUGAUGAAGACUACUGUCCCUUUCAGUGCUCCAGACUCCUGUCUCAGUGUGAGUGCAAAGACAUCCACAUCAACUGUACAGACAGGGGACUCACCGCCGUGCCUUCCGACGUCGAAUCUGAGAUUACCUGGUUCUAUCUGGGCAGCAACAUGCUUAAUGAAACGCUCAACAACUCUUCCUUUCUGCAGCUGGCACGACUCCUAUAUUUAGAUCUGAGCAACAACAGCAUUUCAAGCCUGAUUGGCGGCAUGUUUGUUUCUCUGUGGCGUCUGACUGUGUUGGACCUACACAGCAAUCAGCUGACCAGGCUUGCCAACAGCUCUUUCAAUGGUCUCGCCAGUCUCAAUGGCCUACAUCUUCAAGGAAAUAAGAUCGAAACCAUCGAGCCAUAUGCCUUCUACGGGUUGACAUCCCUUAAGACAUUAGAUCUGUCAAACCAGAGAAUCCAUGACAUUCAAGCUGAUGCAUUUGUCGGAUUGCGAAGUCUCGCUGGGUUGGAUCUGUCAGGUAACCAGAUCUCUUACCUGGAGCACGGAUCGCUUAGAGGGAUGCCAAACCUUCUCUUCCUGGAUAUCAGCAAGAACCACAUUCGUGUCAUCGAAGCCAACGUCUUCCGAGGAAUCUUCACACUCCAUAAACUGGUAACGGAUGAGUUCCGGUUUUGCUGCCUGGCACGCCACACGAGUAUCUGCCUGCCACCGCCAGACGAGUUCAGCAGCUGUGAGGACCUCAUGAGCAACAUGGUGCUGCGACUGUGCGUGUGGCUGCUCGCAGGGGUGGCCACUGUCGGUAACGUACUGGUCAUAGUGUGGCGCACUCGCUACACCCACUGCAACCAGGUUCACUCACUACUGAUCACCAAUCUGGCCCUGGGGGACCUACUGAUGGGCUCGUACUUGUUGCUGAUAGCCCUGGUGGACCGCCACUAUCGCGGGGUCUACUUCAUCCAUGACUCGGCCUGGCGGUCCAGCCGUCUCUGUGCUCUGGCCGGCUUUCUGUCCACUUUCUCAAGCGAAAUAUCAGUCUUCACACUCACAGUGAUCACAUUGGACCGGUUUUUGGUGAUUAUAUUUCCAUUCCGCGUGCGCAGACUGGAAAUGGCUCGCACACGCCGAUUGAUGGUUUUUGGAUGGCUUCUGGCAGCGCUGCUUUCCGCUCUCCCUCUUGCACAUCUUGAGUACUUCCAUAACUUCUACGGACGGUCCGGAGUAUGCUUGGCCCUCCACAUUACACCAGAUAAGCCGAGCGGAUGGGAAUACUCCGUCUUUGUCUUCCUCUUCCUGAACAUGUUAUCGUUCGGAAUAAUCGCAGUAGGGUACCUCUGGAUGUUCGUGGCUGCGCGGUCCACGCAGCUGGCAGUGACACGUACGGCACGGCGCAGCACGGAAUCAGCGAUGGCCUGGCGUAUGUCACUGCUCGUGGCUACAGACGCAGCGUGCUGGGUGCCUAUCAUUGUGCUGGGACUCGCGUCUCUCGCCGGUUUCACAGUGCCGCCUCAGGUGUUCGCUUGGGUCGCAGUUUUCGUUCUGCCGUUGAACGCAGCCAUCAACCCGGUACUGUACACUCUGUCCACGGCCCCAUUCCUCACUCCGGCUCUACUCAAGGUCCGUCGUUCCUGCAAGCUCAACAGCUACUCGCCCAGCUACACUCUCUCCCGCCGAUACGGUAGUGCAAGAUCAUCAGAAUUCAGCAACUCGUGCUACAUCAGCAAGAGAACAUCAGUGAGGUGGCAUUCCCGUGUAGAAACAAGUGUAUCUGAGCAGGGAGAGGUGGUACCCCUGAGUCAGCUGGCCACAUGACACUCGCCCUCCCUGCGCUCGACGCACCCUCGCCAGCGCAACCCUCUUUACGAUUGACCUGAAGUGUCCACGAGCCAUCACGUGCCCUGAGUAAUGCUGUGAUGUUACCUCAGGAGAUACAGCAGCCAUUACAUAUCUUCAGCUUACCAUGACUUGCACUCUCGUGUCUUGACUUGCACUCUCAUGUUGUGACUUGCAUUCUCAACUUGUAACAUGUCAUAUAAAUAUCUACAACGUGAAUGUAUGCUUGACAAGUUCUUAACUAGAGAUAGCCCUGUUUGGAUUGUCAUCUCUCCAGCAAAAGGCAAAAUGUUUUUCAAAUAAACCAACUUAUUCCAAAGAGAAUCUCAUGAUCUCAUUUCAAACAAGUUUAGGUAUUACAUUAUAUUUUUGUAAAAACGAUUGCCAUUUACUAAUACUAAUUUUUUAUACCCUUCCAUUUUGGCCACCAUUAGAAGAACUGGUCCAUCUGACGAUCGAUUUAUUCAGUAGAGGAGAUUUCUUUGUCGAAAAUAAGCCAAAUUGUUCGUCAUAAAGUUCAAAAUUGGCUAUCAGUUUUUGAACCAUAAAGAAGUAAACAUUUCUACAAAUUUGUUUAUUCUGUAAUUUUCUCAUUGCCAUGAUAGUUUACCCAUAAGAGUAAUGUAAAAAUGUUAGAAUUUUACCUUUACAUUUAAUUUUGAUCGUCCGAUUCCAAAAUCAGUAGAGUUCUUCCGUGUACCAUUAGGAACCUUUCCAUCAAAAGUUAUUACCUGGACAGAGCCCUCAAUAACUGCCAUCUACAACCAAAAUGAUGUUUUUUUAUAUUUUCUUGAUAAAGAUUUUUAAAAAUACAUAAUAAUCGCAGGUGCAUACUUUUUUAUAAUUCUUACAUGACCUAAAAUCAGGUAUCUGUUUAAAAGUGAAAUGACUAAGGUUAAAUACCAUUAAAGAAAAACUAAUAAUACAAAGAAACUUUUACCAUGUGGCAGUGCUUCUCAAAUGAACAUACUAGACUUUUCAAACAGUACAAUCAGUCGUAGGAUAGACAACAUAGCAUAAAACAUUAGAUAUCAGCUGUUUUUACUUUUAUCCUUGGUUAUAAAACCCUCUAGAGGUUUCAUAAUUAAGGCUUUUAUUCUAAAAGGUAAGGAGAUAGCACUGUAGUUGAACGAGAUUAUACCAACAAAGAUUUAUUAACAACAACACCUAUGUUGAAGUAUUUAAUUUUGUGAACAAAUCAAGAGAUCUACCACAGGCCAUCUGUUUAAUAUUUUAGAUAACUUUAUGAGUCUGCGUUGACUGGAAAAAUAUGUGUUGGAAUAUGUACUGAUAGUGGCAGUAGAAUGGCGGGUCACAUAAAGGGGCUUCAAGCUCUCGUUCGAGCUAAAGUGACCAGUGCUACCUGGAUCACUUGCAUGGUCCAUAGAGAAACAUUGUUAGCUGAACAUCUUAGUAUGGAACUGCACGAUAUACUCAAAAUUGUGAAUCGACCACAUUAAAAACUGCCCUUCAGGCAUUAAAAGUUUUCAGGGCAAAAAGGCAAGAUAUUUUGAUGAAAUCAGUAACAUUGAUUGCAUAGUGCCAAGUUUUAUAUUAUUUAUUAAAAAACGUGUUUCAAUAUGAGAUUUGUAUUAUGGUUUUAAAAUAAAAUGCAUACAGGCAAAAAUGUUACCAAUGUGAAUUAAUUAUAAUGUGAAUUAUAAAGUAACAAUACUUCAUUGUUUUUCUUGAUCAACGCUAUUUAGGUGAUAUGAUGGGCAUGAGUGGGGGGGGGGUUAAGUAAGAAAGAAUUAAGAGAGGGUAGGGUGCCUAAAUGGAGCCUUGAGUCUGAAAAGUUUGAGGAACACUACUGUAUGGUAGUUGCCUGUAACAGCCUCUAACCCCUGUACAUUGUUAGCGUGGGUUUAUGUACAUCUGGGUCUAUUGACCAACUCACCAGUUCAACUAAAAUUCACAUGUAAAUAAAAAUUAUAGCUUUGUGUUUUUCCGGUGACAGUAAAAUAUUGCUACUAUAGUACCAAGUGUAAUAAAUAUGUUAUUUUCAAUGUUCAAUCUAUUAAGAUAAGAAAAUGUUCAUCAAUGUAAAUAAACGAUUUCAAUGAUUAUUA